AUAUAAUUCGUGUUGUUUGUAUAGGGAAAACAAUACAAUGGAACAAGCGUUAUCCUUAUGACAUGAUGGCCUAUUUUGUAUAGUGUUGUCGUGGACGGGAGACAACAAAAAUGUGCAACUGUGAUUCUGGCACGGAAUUGGGCAAAACCAUCGCUAUUUAUGUUUUAGUUUGUCUUGUUAUUGUGCUCUCUGUUUUGGUUGCUUAUUUACUGUACAAAAUAAAAACUGAUAAGUACAGUGCAUUUAUAGAAGAAAGCACAAUCGCAACAACGCAACAAACAAUAAGACAUGUUUAUACUCCACAAGUAUCACAAAAUGAAGAGACAUCGCUUGAAAUACAAUUUGAUACUUUGAAAAAGAAAACGGAAGAAGCAAAGGCAUUAAUUAUACACGACGAAACCGAUAAUGCUAACAGACUGAUAAAUCCAAUAAAAACUCCAACAACUAUCACACCACAAAUAAACAUAGAUGAACUAAAAUCGCACUUAAUGAAAACACGGCAUGCUAUAAUACACCGCGAUGAAAUACAGAAAAUUUGCAAUAAUGAAUUGACUAAAUCGCAGACACUUAAUAAGAGUUAUCAAGAUUUAAAAAUUGCCUCGAAUAAUCCAAAAGUGAAAUCAAUGUCAAAAAUUGAGAAGUCGGCGUCUGCGAAUCAGUUAUUAGAAGAAGACGAUGAGUAUGACCAAUUCCCUACUUCUAUACCUGUUGAAACAGUUAAUGAUGUCAGUCUAACUAAUAUAUGUAUGCAAGAUCUACAAUCUUUAUUACUUGAAAGGUCGAAGAUGAAGAAACCAUUAUCUGAAACUGGAAAAACAUUAUCAUCACCUAAAUUAGUACAAAGUGAUGAUGAAUAUGAUGUGUUGCCACCCUCAAAACCUGUAUGUGAAGAGGUCUAUGAUGAAAUACCAUCUAAGAAUAAAGUAAUGCAUGAUAGGGAUACUGAUUAUUUAACGUUCAUAAGCAACGCAUCAGAAAUUGAGCCGAGUUAUAUUAAUGCAAACUUGAAUUUGUAAUUCGAUUUUGACUUGUAAUUUCAUUUAACUCGUACAUGCAUUUUGAUCAUUAAAAAUCAUUA